GUAGUGUGCUUGUGUAGUGGAGUAAAUCGAGCAAGAUGAUGUCCUUACCGGGAAUGUUCGCCUGUGACGAAUACGGGCGUCCGUUUAUCGUGCUCCGUGAUCAGGAGAACCAGAAGCGACUGACCGGCAACGAGGCUAUUAAGAGUCACAUCUUGGCAGCGAAGCAGAUCGCUUCCAUCAUUCGUUCGUCGCUCGGACCAAAAGGGCUGGACAAGAUGAUGGUCAGCGGUGACGGUGACGUCAUGGUCACGAACGAUGGUGCCACCAUCAUGAAGGAGAUGGAUGUGGAUCAUGAAAUCGGCAAGCUGUUGGUGCAGCUCAGUCAAUCACAGGACGAUGAAAUCGGUGACGGUACGACGGGAGUGGUUGUGCUGGCCGGAGCAUUACUCGAGCAAGCCGAAUCCCUGCUCGACCGUGGCAUUCAUCCGAUCCGAAUUGCGGAUGGGUUCGAGCUGGCAGCACAGUGCGCUGUGAAGCAUCUGGACACGAUCGCACAACCGUUUCCGGUAUCGCGCGACAACAAGGAACCGCUGAUUCGUGUCGCCAUGACAACGCUCGGCAGCAAGAUCGUAAACAAGUGUCAUCGGCAGAUGGCGGAAAUUGCGGUCGAUGCUGUGCUGACGGUAGCCGAUCUGGAGAAGAAGGACGUCAAUUUUGAGCUGAUCAAGCUGGAGUGUAAGGUGGGCGGACGGAUGGAAGACACCUGUCUGGUGAAGGGCGUUGUAGUGGACAAAACGAUGAGCCACUCGCAGAUGCCGACCGUAUUGAAGGAUGUGAAGUUGGCCAUUCUGACCUGCCCAUUCGAACCGCCGAAGCCCAAGACCAAGCAUAAGCUCGAUGUGACAUCCGCGGACGAUUACCGCAAGUUGCGCGAGUACGAGCAGGAGAAGUUCCUGGAGAUGGUGAAGCAGGUGAAGGAUGCCGGUGCAACGUUGGCCAUCUGCCAGUGGGGUUUCGAUGAUGAGGCGAACCACCUGCUUCUUCAGCAGCAAUUGCCCGCAGUUCGUUGGGUCGGAGGACCGGAAAUUGAACUGAUUGCUAUUGCUACCGGUGGAAGAAUUGUGCCGCGAUUUGAGGAACUCACUCCGGACAAGCUCGGAUCGGCUGGUGUCGUGCGAGAGUUAAGCUUCGGUACGACCAAGAACAAGAUGUUGGUGAUUGAGGACUGCAAGAAUACGCGCGCCGUCACUGUGCUGAUCCGUGGUGGCAAUCGGAUGAUCACCGAGGAAGCGAAACGUUCCAUCCAUGACGCUCUGUGUGUGGUACGUUCGUUGAUCCGUGAUUCGCGUAUCGUGUAUGGUGGUGGUGCAGCAGAAAUUAGCUGCUCAUUGGCGGUGGCCCGUGAAGCCGAUCAGCUGUCCACGCUGGAACAGUACGCGUUCCGGGCGUUUAGUGUUGCACUCGAAUCGAUCCCGCUGGCUCUGGCAGAAAACAGUGGCCUUUCACCGAUUGAAACGUUGGCCGAGCUGAAGGCACGCCAGGGUACGGAGAACAGCUCGACGUUCGGAGUGGACUGCAUGCUGACGGGCAAUUCCGACAUGAAGGAUCAUCACGUGAUCGAGUCACUGCACUCAAAGAAGCAGCAGAUAGUGCUCGCUACCCAGCUCGUUAAGAUGAUUCUGAAGAUCGACGAUGUGCGAACUCCGGCCGAUCGUUAAGA